AUGUGUAUUGUGUAGUGUGCGCCAGAAAGUCUUCGUCGACAAGAAUUUUCAUCAUCAACUGAUGUUUGGAUGUUUGCUGUUACUGUUUGGGAAAUAUUUACUUUUGGUAUUGAAAAUCCUUGGUCUGGUCUUUCUGUACAAGAGAUUUUAAAAGCAUUGGAAGAACGUAGUGAACGUCUUCAAUGUCCUGAAAUUUGUCCUCCAUCAAUAUAUUCUCUUUUAUUAUUAUGUUGGUCAUUAAAUCCAAAUGAUCGACCAAAAUUUAGUAAAAUAAAUUCUCGUCUAAAUCAAUGUCGUCCAAUACAAUAUAGAGUUACACGUGAUAACAAACAAAUAAAUCAACUAACAUUAUUACGUGGCGAUACUAUUAGUGUUUUUGAUUCAUGUGUUGAUCAACCAAUAUGGAAAGGACAAAAUCAUCGAACACAAAAAGUUGGCUUUUUUCCAAGAAUUUGUCUUUCAUCAAUAACAACAAAUACAAAUGAAAAAAUAAGUUGGCCAGUCAAAGGAAGUUUUAUUCAUACUGGUCAUAGUGAUGGAACAGGACAAGGACCUUCAUGGGGAAAAAUUGAUCGAAUUGACGAAACUAUUUUAAGUAAUCCAAUAGUGACACCAGCUGAUAGCAAUGAAAGAGAUGAGAAUGUAAAAGUUGUAUCAAAUGUUCUUCAAUUAAAUGGAACAAAAAAAGAGCCACCAAUAAUAACUCGAGCACCACCACCAAUUCCAAAAAGUCCACCAAAAAUACUAAAUGAUUUACUUUCAAUUGAUUUUAGUGGUUCAUCUACAGGAAAAUCUUCAGAUAAAAUAGUUGAAAAUAAUUCUUUCGAACAAUUAAUAACAAAUAAUCAAUCCAGAAUAAACGAAAGUUCUCGUUCAUCUUCAUCAUUAUCAUCAUCAUAUAAUCGACAAAAAUUUUCAAAUAAUUUAAUUGAUUCACAAAAAUUUGUUGAAAAAGUAAUAACAGGUGUUACUGAACAAUUAAAGAAUGAUUUUCCACGAUUAAAUUCAUUAAAAAAAGAUUUUACUCCGCCAGUUGUUCGAAGAUUUACUGUACCUUAUCCACCAAAUCAAUCUUCAUAUUAUAACCUUCAACGCCAAGAUUAA